AUGACCCAAAUAGCUUCACAAACUCUUAUUCAACCUUCACCUAAUCGGACCAAGCGACGACGACUUCCGCUACGAACUGCAGUAGAGGCCGAUUUUGUAUCAUCUGCCUCAAAACUACAGGAAGCAAAAGAAUUUCUAAUGUAUACUGAUACACCUGAAGCAAAGAUCGUCGCAGGCAAUCUGAAGGAAUUGUGGUCACCGACUGACGAUGGUACAAGUCGAAAACAUUCGCCAGUAAUGGUCGGGACGCCAACCACAAAUCGAGAAUUUACGCAAUCACAGCAAUCUAACAUCAGACGUCCUCAAAACCUGAUGGAGAGACUAAAUGCAAUUGAAGCAGACGAAUUGGUUGAUAUCACAAUGCAUUCAAUUGUUCCACGGAACAUUGAUGAUAUGUUCAAAGAAUCGUCAAAAGAUCAGUUUGCAAAGCGUGUAUUAGGACUUAAAGGCUCUGAUGAAGAUUCAGACGAUGAACUAACAGAGCUAGAGAUAGUCUCGCAUGAGAUUGAGCCAAUGGAGAAUGUGAACCCGAAGACUAAUGUAGAAGAAGAACUGUUGUUGAAAGAAAAGGAAGAAAUCAAUACUCAAUCCACUCAAAAGUCUGUGCAAGAUAUGAAUGAAGUUGGAGAAGAAGCACCGAAACUGGCCGAAAUCGAGGAUAAAAUUGGCGCAGAGGCAGUGUUAGAAGAUAAGAAUAUAUACUCAAACAACGAUCACAAUAACAAACGGGUAGAUUUAGAACAACCUUUACAAGAAGAUAUACCUACGCAAACGCUUAAAUCGCACCUAACCAAAACAUAUGUCGGUUAUCGUCUGUUUGUUUGCACGACCAAGCAAGCACCAAAAACUGUUGAAAGCUUUGGCUUGAUCCCUCUCUCGAGUCGUAUUCAGAACAUUCUUGAAAAACGGAAAAACAGAAACUACAAGAGACGUCUGACCACUCUUGAAAUCCUUCGGAAAUCAGGUGCUUUGAAUUGGAUUACAAACGCCCGUGAUUCAGAUCCACGCAAAAAAGGUCUUGGUGAUGCCCGAAUGAAGCGCUUGAGAAGAAAAGCUGGCUUCGAAUGGUGUAUUAAUAUAAAUAUUCAUAUUCAAGUAAGGAAACUUGUACAGGCUGUACCCAAAGACCAUACUAAAAGUUCUCUCACUAUUAAUGAUAACUAUAUCUUUGAAUGA